AUGAUGGUUAAACCCCGUGGCCUGGUGAUUCUAGGCCUCUCAUUUAUCCCGGGGCUCGUCCUGGGUAGCAGUAAUACCGCUGCCCUCCCAGCAACCUCCGCUGCCUCUCAACUCGCCACUGCAACGCAGCCAAUCAACAUGGGGGAAGACUUUAACGCCUUUGCUAAAAGCAUUGGCCUAUCCAGUUCGCAGACCUGCAAGCUCAAGGCAAAGUAUGAUGCCAUUGUCAAUGGUGGAAACAGUCCCGAAGACAACUUGGACCUGGCUUGCCAAGUAGCCCAGGAGUCCCUGGGAGCCGACCAGGUCGACAGCGCACCCGUCGGUCAGGCCCUGAUUAAUGAGAAUUGGUCCUUAACCUGCGUUGCCGACGCCUAUUGCGUCGUUCUGCCGCGAAACACGGACGAAACUGUCAAGGCCGUCAGGGUCAUCAGCUAUUUUAAAGUGAAGUUCGCGGUGCGCGCUGGUGGCCAUUCGCCCAACCCCGGCUGGUCCAGCGUGGGACAGGAGGGAAUCCUCCUCGAUCUGCAGAGGUUGAAUCAGAUCAGCCUGUCGAGCGAUAAGAAGCUCUGCAGCCUCGGCCCUGGAGCACGUUGGGGUAACGUGGUAGCAACUCUGGGCACGCAGAACGCGACCGUUCUCGCCGGCCGGAAUCCCCUCGUCGGCGUGGGCGGUCUCAUCUUGGGAGGCGGAUAUCACCACACGUCCUCGGAAUACGGGACCGUUGCAGACAAUGUGAAAAACUUCGAGGUUGUCUUGUCCAAUGGGACCGUCGUAAACGCGAACAUAGACGAAAACAAUGACCUGUUCUGGGCCCUCAAAGGCGGCGGGCCAAACUUCGGUAUCGUCACCCGCUUCGACGUUUACACCCUGCCCGGGACAGAGAUAUGGUAUCAACUGGCCAUCUACGGGCUGGAUCAAGCAUUCGACAUUCUGGACACCUUCGCAAAAUGGCAGCAGAACGAAGGCUCCUCCGACUUCAAGGCAAAUCUGAUCCUAUCUCUCGGCAUAGAUAGCCAUGUGAUCGGACUCGUCUACUCGGCACCUGCGCCUGAGGUUCCCAGUGCCUUCGCCCCUUUUUUCGAGUUGACGCCGCUCCAGGUGGUGGUGCCAGCAACAAAUGGCACUUUCGCAUCGCUGAACGAGGCCAUAGCCCCCUUUGUCCCUAUGGAGCAGAUGCGGCACGAUUACGGAGGCGUUAGCUCGCGCGUCGACGCGCAGCUCUACAAAGAUGUCUACACAUUCUGGGCCGAGAGGGCCCUCGCCGCACGCGAUGCUACCGGCGCAAACCAGACCUUCGUCCUGCAGCAUGUCCCCAGCAACAUGGUAGCCCAGGGGAUCGCUAAGGGCGGAAACCCCCUAGGCCUUAUACAAGAGACCCAUCAGUGGUGGACGACACUCGUCGACUGGAGGGAGGCGAAAGAUGACGACGCUGCGCGAGCCGUCACGAUCGAUACGGUCGCGCAGUGGAAGAAGCUCGGCCAGGAGCGCGGCCUCUACCUGCCCUUCUACUUCAUGAACGACUCCGGACGGAACCAAAACCCGAUCGCGGGGUACGGCCAGGCGAACGUCGACAAGCUCAACGAGGUCUCACGCAAGUACGAUAGCAGCCAGUUCUUCCAGACCCAGCAGGUCGGCGGCUUCCUGCUCUCGCGCGCCUAG